ACAGAGUUUCUGAAGCAGGGCGAACCAGCGUGCCCUCAUUAAAAUGAAUACGGCCGAAAGCCUUUUAUCCUCGUGGGAAAUAAACCGAGCGCGCGAGUCAAAUUCACUUUGCCGCACCACCCACAGGAGGAGCGCGCGCCCAAUUGAAUCAACGCUCGCCGCUGCAUUUGAAAGCGACGUUCACUUGAGUCCCCGUGGGUACACCGCUCAUUUCUCAUACCCGCUAGUCCACCUCUGAAAGGUACCGACUCCACGAGAAGAAAGGAAAACGAAGGGAGAAACAGGAGAGACUGCAUUUGGUGCAUGGCAUGAAGACGCGACUGUUGGGGACCCGGCAGAGCAUGGCACAUUAUGCCAGGAUCUGAACUGAAACGGGGACCAGGUUUGGGCUCUUAGAUAUGGGAGUUAAUAAUAAGAAACACUUGAGUUUGCUGGAGUAAAGGGUUAGGAAUGUGCUUGAUGUCGUUCGGUGUGACGCUUUUGGAUGCGCAAUUCUGGAUGGGAUGAAAUCGCGUAACCGGGGGCCACAUCUAGGCGCUUAACGUGAGACCACCGAUCUGAGCUCCACAGAGCUGCGUGAAACCGCAUCAACAUCCGUGUCGAGGGGGCAACCACAGAAAGUUUCGCGAUGGCUCUCGUCAUGGAACCUGUUAGUAAAUGGAGCCCCAGUCAAGUUGUGGACUGGAUGAAAGGUCUGGAUGACUGCUUGCAGCAGUAUAUAAAGAACUUUGAACGGGAGAAGGUAGGAGGUGACCAGCUGCUGAGGAUCACCCAUCAGGAGCUAGAGGAUCUGGGGGUGUCCCGCAUCGGACACCAAGAGCUGAUCUUGGAAGCUGUGGACCUGCUGUGCGCUCUGAACUAUGGGCUGGAGACAGAAAACCUGAAAACCCUCUCUCACAAGCUCAAUGCCUCCGCCAAAAACCUGCAAAACUUCAUCACGGGUCGCAGACGCAGCGGCCAUUAUGAUGGUCGGACAACCCGCAAGCUGCCCAACGAUUUCCUCACCUCUGUGGUGGACCUCAUCGCUGCUGCUAAGAGCCUUCUGGCCUGGCUGGAUAGGUCACCGUUCGCUGCCGUAACAGAUUAUUCCAUGACCCGGAACAACGUGAUCCAGCUGUGCCUGGAACUCACUACCAUAGUACAACAGGACUGUGCCGUCUAUGAAACCGAAAAUAAGAUCCUCCAUGUGUGUAAGACAUUAUCUGGAGUGUGUGAUCACAUCAUCUCACUGUCGUCAGACCCCCUGGUCUCCCAGUCGGCACACCUGGAAGUGGUUCAGCUGGCUAAUAUUAAACCUACCGAGGGUCUGGGAAUGUACAUCAAAUCCACAUAUGAUGGACUUCAUGUUAUCACAGGAACCACAGAGGGGUCUCCAGCAGAUCGCUGUAAAAAGAUUCACGCAGGGGAUGAGGUCAUCCAGGUGAACCAUCAGACAGUGGUGGGCUGGCAGUUGAAAAACUUGGUAAGCUCUCUGCGUGGAGACCCUGCCGGUGUGACAUUGACCCUGAAAAAGCGUCCCCAGAGCACGCUCACCUCUGCCCCAGCCCUACUAAAGAACAUGAGAUGGAAGCCCCUGGCCCUGCAGCCAGUUGUUCCCAGGAGUCCAACCAGCAGUUCGGCCACACCCACAAGCACAAUCAGCACGCCCUCAAAGCGUGAUAGCUCCGCCCUCCAAGAUCUGUAUAUCCCACCCCCUCCAUCUGAGCCGUACACACCCAGAGAUGAAAAAUGCAGUCUUCCAGGCGAGGGUGGGGUACCUGUCGCUAAAGGGUCUGAAUCACCAAACUCAUUCCUGGAUCAAGAGUACAGACGGCGAUUUCCUCUAAUGGAAGAGGAGGCCGUCCUGUACUGCUACGAGUACGACCCCAGCCACGGACCCACAACGUCCCGCCGAGACAGCACAUCCACUUAUGGUCGUAUGAGGCCCAUCUCUAUGCCUGUGGAGUAUAACUGGGUUCCUGACUAUGAGGACCCAGCUAGAAUGAAGAGAGAAGGUCGGAGAGAAAACUCUUUGUUGAGGUAUAUAAGUGAUGAGAAGGCUGCCGAUCUGGCAGGCCGGAGCAUGAAAAGAGACACAGGGAAACGCGGAAAGAAGAAGAGCGAGAAGAGCGGAAGCCCCACCCACUACGCCCUCCUCCCCACCCUCCAAAUGGAAGUGCUCCGGCAGGAAUCCAUGAACACACCUAACCCAGACUCCACCUCUCUUUACCAUACAUUCCAGGGAUCCUCUCUGCUAUCCAAGACCAAGAAAAAGAGUAAAGCUCCGCUGUCCUCCAUCAGCAAGAGACGAAUCUCCUGUAAGGACCUGGGCCGUGGAGAUUGUGAGGGCUGGCUGUGGAAGAAGAAGGAUGCUAAGAGCUAUUUCUCACAGAAAUGGAAGAAGUACUGGUUUGUUUUGAAGGGCGCCUGCUUGUACUGGUACAUGAACGAGGAGGAUGAGAAGGCUGAAGGGUUUGUCAGCCUCCCCGAGUUCAAGAUCGACAGAGCCAGUGAAUGUCGCAAAAAAUAUGCGUUUAAAGCAUGCCAUCCCAAAAUCAAGAGCUUCUACUUUGCAGCGGACGGAGUGGAUGAUAUGAACAGAUGGUUGAGUCGUCUCAACAUGGCGGCAGCUGGCUAUGCAGAAAGAGAGCGAAUCCGUCAGGAACAGGACUACUGGAGUGAAAGUGAACACGAAGACAAUGAGACGCCCUCGACGCCCAAGCAAGACAGCCCACCACCCCCUUAUGACACGUACCCACGGCCACCCUCAAACCCGGUGAGCGUUGCCAGUCCUUACCUAGAACCAAAGCAUGGGCGUCUCUCAUCCACAGAAACUUCACACUCUCGCUCCUCUCAUGAGGAGUACCGCUCCGAACCUCAAGGGGGCAGCAGCAGCGGUGGAGGUUCCCCUGCACGGAAGUCCGCCAGCCAGCGCCGUUCAUGGCAGGACCUGAUUGAAACCCCUCUGACCAGCUCGGGCCUCCACUACCUGCAGACCCUGCCCCUAGAAGACGCUGUGUUCUGUGAGCCGGGGGCAGGUCUUUCUCCAGAAUAUCGCCGCCAAUCCACUCUACCUGCCCAACGCACACUGAUGCAGGAACAUUAUGGUCCCUUCCCAAUGCUCGAAGGGGAGAGGCUCAGAGACCCUGCUAACACAGUCGGGAAACCCCGCAGCUUUACCUUGCCACGGGAUAGCGGCCUGCAUGCCCUCCUCACACCCUCUGCCACCAUGGCGGAUCAGCGGGACCCCAGCCGCAGGGAGCUCAGCCGUUCUAACUGCAUCAAUAAUGGCGGGGAGCCGGAGUGCCAUCGGCAGGCGGAUUCGCUUGGUGAUUUGUACCGGGCACUGGAGCGUGCCAGUCUGUCGCCCAUUGGUGAGCACCGCCUUUCCACCCGUCUGGAGUACAAACACCUUUUCAUUCGGCGUUGCAACGAUCCACAGCUAAAUGACAAACUGCAUCAUCUCCGCAUCCUGCAGAGCACGCUAAAGGACAGGGAGGGCGAGGUAGCACUGAUUGACAAGCUGCUGGCCAAUCCUAAACUCACAUCCUCAGAGUUCCAGGAAUGGAAGAAAGUUUACAUGGAGCUGUAUUCAGGGGAGCCCCAGCGGGACCGUCAGCCCAGCCCUGCCUCUGAGCCCAGCCCUGCCACCACGCCUGAACCCGCCCCCCGCACGCCCUCCCUCUCGCACACGCACUCCUACAUCGAGACUCACGUCUGAUGCACACUUCAGACUCAAGAAUAACACCACACUGUUUGAAGUAGUUGUCGCUCACUUGCACGGACUUUCAAGAUAAAGUUUGGGGUGAAUUGGUGUUUAUGGAUCUGAUAUUUUAAUGAUGUGGCUGUGAGGGAUAUAUGAUGAUGCACUGAUGCAUGAUUUGAAAAUGCAGUUAAAUUGUUUCCUAAUUAUUAUACAAUUACCAAGAGGCCCAGAUUAUAUGCACAA